GUUGCAUGCUAUGAGCUUCUGAAUGAAGCAAAGCGACUGGAAAACCAAGCAGAGCCAUGCAGCACACAAAAACAACUCCCCUCUGCUUCUCGGAGUCAUAAAUCAAUGCCCUAAAAAAAUCGAAGGAGAGCAACAUGAAAUCCAUUCACCCCUAUUUCCUCUUUCUUUAGUGCUGUUAAUGAAUUGUAAAUCUUGAGCUCUCAGCACCUUCCACUCAAAGUCUUGCUGUUUACCUCAGUUUAUCUUCCAUCAUUGUUGACCUAAGCCAAGCUACUGGAUUUCUGUACAUAUUCACCUCAUGUUCACAGCAACACAGAUGAGCUGAAUUUAUGGCCCUUGAGCUCAGGUGGUUACACUGACACUGAUUUUAUUGCAGUUAUCUGCAGUAGGCGUUCUAGCAGCUGAGUGCCUGCCAUCAUGCUGGCAGUCAAUAAUUACCUGUAGUCAAUACUUCUGAAGGCAAACACUAUUUCAGUCUGUCUCUCUUUGUAUUUAUACUGUAGCUGUGUAUAUAUAUAUAUAUAUAUGGGUGUACAGGGGCUGCACUUUCAGAAAUUGUACAGAUGCUUUCAGAAAAAAAGACAGAAAAAAUAGUGCUUAGGAAAAAAACUAUGUUUGGUCUCAUUAGACCCUCCCACAGAGAGCUGGCCAGCCCAUCUCGGUGCCGCUCUAUCAUAGUCAGUCCAGAGUUCACCUACCGUUUACUCGGUUUUAUCCUCUCAUACUGUCCAUCUAGUCACCUCUCCUUUCCAGCUCUGCUACCAUUGUGUUUCUCAGGAGAUCCCUUUCUUGGCGGCAGAAGGACUUGUGAUUGUGGAUUGAUGAACACAGUGCCUGAUUGAGGGGUCAUGUGGAGUAGCCGUCUGCUCUGAGGUGACAGGAAAUCAUGCAAGCUCCAGCGUUUACCUCUCAACACUCGUCAGCCCCUCACAGGAGUCCAAGAGGGAGGAUGAAUACCUCAGCGGAGGGGUCUGAUGUUACUUUGUUCCGUCUGCCACCCCCAGCCAAUAAGAUGUGGAACUGAUUGUGAGGACUGAAAUGACUUGAUUCACAUGCGGCACACGGAAAGCAGUACCAAUGUAAAAAAAAAAGUCACUGAUUUGAUGUAUUCUGAAUGACAGUUUUUAAACAGGAAUGUAAUUUUCCUGGUGUCAACAGGAACAUGAGUGUAUGUAAAAUGUGUAUACGUAAAAUGAUAAUGCCUUCAACAGCCUUGAUGUUCAAUGCCAAGAAAUCUGUGUAAUGCUAAUUUUUGAAUACACUCCUAUUUAGUGACAGCAUGAGUAAGCAUUUCCGCAUGUAUUAUCAGUAGUUUUAUGACAGGCUUAAGCACAUUGACCCAGCAAAAGACAAACUGUGUUUCAACAGUAGCACAAUGAACCCAACUGACAACAGCAGCGACACUGGGCUGGGCGACGUGGAGAGGGUCCUAGUCCCAAUACUGGACACACUGAUUCUGGUACUGGGGGUUUGUGGGCACUCCAUGGUGAUGGUGAUCUUGUGUGGACGCAGGAGGAGAGGGAUGGGACAUAUAUUACAGUCUCCUCAACACUCCAGCAGUGGCACAGGCACAGACAUCCUCCUGCUGGCUCUGAGCGCUGCAGACCUGAUUUUGCUCUCCAUGCUUCCCUUCCACACCGCUACCAUCGCCAUGCAGCACUGGCCAUUUGGGGACGUCAUGUGCCGCAUUGUGGGCUGCUUGGGAUCAGCCUGCACCUCAGCCAGCGUAUUUACUCUGGCCACCCUGGCCGUGUCUCGCUACCUGACUGUGGUGAAGCCUACCAGAGCCUACUCCCUCCUCACCCCUCGCAGGGUGUCUGUAACUGCUGCACUGCUCUGGGUUCCAGCUUUGUGCCUUGCGGCUCCCCAGCUGGUUUUUCGCUCUGUUGGAACGCCGCGACAAACCAAUGACGGCCUCGCUUGUUUUGUUUUGCAGUCUGACCAAGAACAGUUGAUCUAUGGAUUGGUUCACUUCCUCGUGGCCUUCUUGCUCCCGCUGGUUGUAAUUGCAGUGGCAUACAGCAACAUCUAUGUGUUCCUAUGGCGGCGUCAACAGGGCGGCCAGAUGCCCCAGGUGGAGCGCUACCAGAGCAAAGUGACCCAGACAUCAGCGGUGCUGGUGCUGGCUUUCACCCUGUGCUGGCUGCCAUCCUACGGCCUAACUCUAGCCUUACUGGCAAACAAAAGCUCAGGGGCCACUGGAACCUCACCACGUUACGGCCCCUUUAGCGUAUUUGCACGUCUCAUGGCAACCUCCUCUACAGUGAUGAACCCCAUCCUCUAUGUGCUGAUGUCGCAAAAAUUCAGACAGGACGUGCUGAGGCUGUUCAAGAAGGACAGGCAAGGAGCCAGUGGAGCUGUGGUUAUGGAUGCUGUCUGACAGUAUUACUUUAAGGAACUACUUUGAUAAAACUGACUACCUGACAAACACUGAGCCAUUCCUGGCAACUGGGAAUUACUAUAAAAAAAAACUGGGAAUUACUAUUAAAAAAAACUGUGAAUUACUAUAAAAAAAAUGACAAGCUGAGCUGCUGACAGACUCCUGCAUUUCCUCAUUACCCUCAUGAGGAAAGUAACUAACAAGCAGAACAACAGCACAAACACGGACAUUCAACAACUUUGCUUCUUCACAACAUUCUGUUAGUCUGGAUAUUGUACAAGAAGAUGAAAGUUUGCCUUGGGAGUUGCUGCUCUACAAGCGCAAUGGCAGAAACAAUCCCGAAUCACACAUUCCUUGUAAAACAGAUUAAAGUAAAGGCACUUUGGUAAAACAUUAA